GCGCGCUGGCACUAUACCUUAUGAGGGAGAUGCUGUUUUACUUCUGGUACAAACUUGAUUUAGACAUUCUUACAUACCUUUCUUCACCUAUCUGGCAGGGCAACCUGACCGGUGGUUCUUCGCUUCUUGCAAAUGGGAUCGAGCAGGUCCUACUUUAACCAACAAAGCUUUCUUCUUUUCUACCUUCUGUCUCUCCCCUCGUGGUGCACUUUCUUGAAAUCUUUGUAUAUCGGAAUGGCCCUCUACGGUCCACUGGGGUUACGGUCAAACAACACAAAGGGGACACCAGUGAGAAGGGGAAAGUCGUAUGCCGGAGUUGGGUCUGUACAAAAGAUUCUUUGGCCGACUACGGGAGUAAGACGUCUGAACCAACCUGCGACGCCAAAAAAGAAACAUGAUGAACUCUAUGGAUAUGGAUAUGAGAGCGAAUUAUUCCGAUAUGUAUCUCCUCUAUGACAGAAAUCCACAGGCUUGGGUUAAGUUUACAUUUUC